AUGAGCAAAUCCGAUGUUAUCAUUCGAGAGGUCGCAAAAGAUGUCUGGAUCUUCUCCAGACCUUUUGCGCGAUUUGGAAUAAUCCAGAUGGGAGGGCGGUCCACUGCUAUCAAAUUGCGACAGGGAGGCGUUUGGGUACUUGCAUCGACACCACUGACACAAGAUACGCGUAAUAAGAUAGAUGAACUCGGUGAAGUCAAAUACAUCAUAGGUGCUGAUGCUGUUCACCACAUCUUUCUUGGAGAGUUUAAAAGGGCUUACCCCAACGCGAAGUUAAUUGGCGUUGAAGGUGCCAUCAAGAAUAUGAGCGACAAGGACCUCCAAUUUGAUGGUUUGUGGGGUCGUGACCUUCCCAGCAGAAACUAUGGUUUUGAGGACGAGAUUAAACAUUGCUAUUUUUCAGGUUUUAGAAAUAAAGACGUGGCUUUUUUGCAUAUGCCAUCAAAGUCACUUAUCGAAGCAGACUUACUUCUAAAUCUACCAGCUAAUGAACAAUAUUCAAAAUCAUCCUGUUCGCCCCAUAUGAAUCUCAAGCCGGACUCGUGGUUCCACAGGGCCAUCAUCAAUAACACAACGGUUGACGCUGAAGCUAUGCGCCGCGAUGCAACGACAGUUGCUAAUUGGGAUUUCGAUCGAAUCAUUCCUUGCCAUGGAGAUGUAAUCGAGACCGACGGCAAUAAGAUGUGGAGAGCCUUGUACGAUGCAUUCCUCAACUGA